CACACUACAUUUUGAGUACUUUCAUGAUUUUAUAAUACUUCACAUGAUGCAUAUCAAUGAUAUCACAACACUUUAACCUUUCUAUUUUCAAUCAUUCUAGCUAAAAAGUGGUUUUGAGAUUUUUAUUAUUAUUAGCCAUGAAGCUGAGGAGUGGAUUUGGCUUGUUUUUCCAACAAUACAAGGCCUUGUUCUGGAAGAACAUUUUGCUUUCAUGGAGGAACAGAAAGGCAACAUUCUUUCAGCUUUUUGCUUCAUUCUUCUUUAUCUUCCUCAUCUUUGUGACUCAGAAAGCUAUCGAUGCUCGCUUCUCUUACUCCACUUCUCACAGGACUCUCAUGGAUCCUCAGCCUUUGGUUGCUCCUUCAAUCCCACCAUGUGAGGAUAAGUUUUAUAUCAACAAUGGUUGCUUCGACUUCAUCUGGAGCGGUAAUGGAAGCGCCAGAAUUCAAAGAAUCGUUGGCUCCAUCAUGGAAAACAAUCCCGGAAGGCCAAUUCCUUCUACUAAAGUUAUGUCAUUUGAAUCAACAGCUGAAGUAGAUGAGUGGCUGUUUUCUAAUCCUAUGAUGACCCCGGGAGCCUUGCAUUUUUCUGAACUAAAUGCUUCUGUAAUUAGUUAUGGUAUACAGACUAAUUCAACUCCAUUAGAGAAAAGAGGAAACUAUGAAGACCCCACAUUCAAGUUUCAAAUACCACUUCAGAUUGCAGCAGAGCGUGAAAUUGCCAGGUCUCUCAUUGGAGAUCCAAACUUUAGCUGGGUGAUUUCAUUUAAGGAGUUUGCACACCCUAAGGUGGAGAGUCUCUCUGCAAUGAUCACUGUAGGACCACCAUUUUUCAUUGCAACUGCAAUGUUUGGUUUUGUACUUCAGAUGAGUUCUUUGGUGGUGGAGAAAGAACUAAAACUUCGACAGGCAAUGACAAUGAUGGGUCUUUAUGAUUCGGCUUACUUGCUGUCAUGUCUCACAUGGGAAGGAAUUCUUACAUUUUUAUCUUCAUUACUCAUUCUUCUCUUUGGCAACAUUUUCAAAUUUGACUUUUUCUUGAACAAUAGUUCUGCUGUUAUAUUUCUUGUGUUCUUCCUAUUCCAGAUCAAUAUGCUCGGCUUUGCCUUCAUGUUAUCUGUCUUUGUAAGCGACUCGUCAGCAGCUCCAUCUAUUGGUUUCACAAUAUUCAUUAUCUCCACGGUUAACCAGGCACGGUCUCAUUUCCUCCCAAUACAACUUUUCAUGAGUACACUAGUAACAAAACACUUCAUUUUGUCUCUGCAGCUACUUGGACCGAUCCAAAUCCCCUACAAUAGAAGAAUAUCAAAACCUUUUCGAAUCUUUUGGUCACUCUUCCCACCUAAUCUUUUCAACAAAGCUGUAUAUCUGCUUGCUGAUGCAACUUCCACGCCUCAAGAUAUUGGGAUCAGCUGGAGCAGACAAGCAGAAUGUGCACCAAAUGAUAAUGAGUGUGUCAUAACAAUUAGUGAUAUUCGUACCUGGUUUGUAACUACAUUUGUUGUCUGGCUUGGUUUGGCAAUUUACUUUGAUAACAUUAUCCCAAAUGAAUAUGGAGUACGGAAAUCUGCUUUUUACUUUUUAAAACCUCAUUAUUGGACAGGAAAAGCUGGCAAAAAACAUGAAGGCGUCAUUUGUAGUUGCGUGGAUUUACCUCCAUCAGAGGAGCAGAUUCCUGCAUAUGAUAAGGAUGUCCUUGAAGAGGAGAACAUCAUAAAACAACAAGUUGGUAAGAGUGGAAUUAAAAAAGUUGCUGUUCAAAUCCGUGGCCUUGUAAGGACUUAUCCAGGGUCAGUGAAACUCAGCUGUUUUAAAUGCAAAAGAACUCCACCUUUCCAUGCUCUAAAGGGCUUAUGGAUGAACCUUGCAAGGAAUCAGUUGUUUUGUCUGAUUGGAACCAGUGGGGCAGGGAAGACCUCAGUAAUCAAUUGUUUGACUGGAAUAACUCCAUCUACGAGUGGUGAUGCAUUAAUAUAUGGAAAUUCCAUACAAAGCUCUUCUGGUAUGUCCAGAAUCCGAAAAAUAGUUGGAGUCUGUCCCCAGUUUGACAUUCUUUGGGAUGAACUAUCUGCAGAAGAGCACCUCCAUAUUUUUUCUAGUAUUAAGGGCAUGCCCCCAGCUUCAAUACAAUCUGUUAUACAAAAUUCUUUAGAGGAUGUAAGACUUACCGAGGCAGCCAAAGUGAGAGCUGGCAGUUACAGUGGAGGAAUGAGACGUCGCCUCAGCAUUGCAAUAUCCUUUAUCGGUGAUCCAAAAUUGGUCAUCUUAGACGAACCUACAACUGGUAUUGAUCCGAUAACAAGACGACAUGUAUGGAACAUCAUACAGAAAGCAAAGAGAAAGCGUGCAAUUUUAUUAACAACACACUCAAUGGAAGAAGCUGACAUUUUAAGUGACAGGAUAGGAAUAAUGGCUAAUGGCAGGUUAAGAUGUAUUGGAAGCUCAGCUGUAUUGAAGUCAAGAUUUGGAAACGGUUCCAUUGUUCAUGUGAGUUUCAAACAAAGCUCUGAUAGAAAAAUUCCACCUCAUACUAGAGAUGUGGUUGAUACAACUCGACAACACCGUGAGGCUGUGAAGCUGUUCUUCAAAAGGCAUUUAGAUGUUCAACCAAAAGAAGAGAACAACUCCUCUUUGACUUUUGCCAUUCCUCGUAAUAGAGAGAUGCUUUUUCCGGAUUGUUUUACUCAGCUCCAAGAUAGACAAAAUAAAUUCAGAAUAGCAGACUUUGGUAUCAGUUUUACAAGCCUAGAAGAAGUUUUCUUAAGUAUUGCUCGGCAGGCAGAGUUAGAGACCGCCAUAGCUGAAGGAAGAUUAGUUACUAUCACUUUAACAUCCGGACUAUCACUUGAGAUACCUGUGGGAGCUAAAUUUGUGGGAAUUCCCGGAACUGAAUCUGCCGAAAAUGGCAGAGGCCUAAUGGUGGAAGUACACUGGAAGCAAGACCAACUGGGAGCUCUUUGCGUCUCAAAAAUCUCCGACGAAAUUCCAAUACCAUUGAACGUAGAAUCAAUGGCUCCUUUGGUUGCGACUCCAAGCAGAAAUCCCUCAGACCCAACAGGAGCUAUUCGUGGAGUUGUAAUUGAUCCCAAUCAGAUUACUUCAUAGUAACUAAUGUCUUAAUUCGUUAGCAUACUUCAGUGAUUUUGAGAAAAAUUAUAAACGUUCCAAACUAAACUAUGACUCUUGUAAAUUAAUUUCCGGAAUAGU